AUGUACCUCGACACCUCCUACAACUCCACCAGCACCGUGCUCACCAACAUCUACACCUCUUUCCUCGAGACAGCAACCAAAAUGUGGACGUAUACCCGCUGCCUCCCAGUUGGGAAACAGCCGGGCACGAAGUUGCUCAUCAAGACUAUUACAGAUUCGAUCGAGAUGGCGUAUGUGCUGGUUAAGAGCAAAGGCAAGAACAAGAGGAAUGUGGGGUAUCAGUGUGGGGUCAAGAAAAUGCAGGUUGAAUACAUGGCACUAAACGCCUUUCGAAAUGUGCUAAGAAAGAAGCAGAGUAAGUACGGCAAGGUGAUUGAGUGGUUGGAUGAGAAAAUUUGCGAGUUAAGGGGGAAGGAAGCGGAUAGCUUUGCGGGGAUGAAGGGCAUUAUUCAGGCGAGUGGUUGA